UUCUCUGUGGCGGCUGUGGGGUCGGGGGACCGUCCUCUUCAUCUUGGCAAGCCCGGGGGCCGACGUGCUCAGAGUGGUCGGAAUCCGGUGGUCGCAGCAGAGACUCCCCGGGGGACGGGACUGUGCUUUCUGGGGGAGGGGGGGGGGGGCAUUCUGCGGACCUCCGCUGGGGCUUUCUCACCUGGGAGGGUCGGAGGGGAAAUCCAAAGACGUUGACGCUGGGUGUGACAGGUGAAAUAGGAGCAGGUUGGGGGUGGGGUUGUGGCAAUGCAGUCUCGCCUCUCUGCACUAAAACUAAUUGAUGGACAGACGUGGGGCCCUCCUUGGUUUGGGUCUCUUACAGUUGAGUGUGAAAAAAAAGAGAAAGAGUUAACCAGAGCUAGCGCGUGCCGAAGUCAACCUGCAGUUUCCAGGACUCUAGUUCUGUCGCUCUGUGUGCGGGUCUCCUGCCCAUUACCUCGACUGCAUAGCACAACCGCUCUUCGCGGUUACCAGGAGCUGUGGGGAUAGAUAUCUUUGCCCCAUCUAUGGCCUCUGAAGCCAGCGGACACUCCUCUAUCGAGAAAGCCCUGAUACCCUUAUUUGCUGAGGAUCCAACAAAGUGUCUUUUUCCCUUCCAAGUCACUUUUCUUGGUGAACUUACGCACAAGUUUGGAACCUCUCAAAGCUGAGCCAGGAAUUCCCAGCUUCCUGCUGUGUCCACUUGUCUCUUCACACAUGGCUACGGUCCCUACGAGCCCCAGUUCACCUCUCCGGCCAGAGGACCUCCUGAGCGAUUCGUCAGAGCCGCCUGGGUUGAACCAGGUGUCCUCAGAGGUGACCUCCCAGCUCUAUACUUCCCUGCAUCUCAGCCGUCAGGCAGAGGCCACAGCCCGAGCUCAGCUGUAUUUAGCGUCCACCUCACCUCCUAAUGAGGGCUUAGACAGCUUGGCUCAAGAGCUGAGUCGCAGCUUGUCCAUUGGACUGGAGAACAACGUGAAGAAAAAGGAUGGCUCUAAGCAUAUCUUUGAGAUGGAAAGUGUUCGGGGUCAGCUCCAGACCUUGCUCCAUACCUCACGUGACUAUCCAGGGGAUCCCCUCAUUCGAGGAGCUGGCUCAGAGAGACGGGAAGAGGACUCUUUUGACAGUGACAGCACAGCUACCUUGCUCAACACCCGGCCUCUGCAAGACCUGUCUCCAUCCAGCUCAGCCCAGGCACUGGAAGACUUGUUUCCCCGCUACACCAGCCUUCGGCCAGGCGCCCCCACCAACCCCCCAGAUUUUCAGGGACUGAGAGAUGCGCUGGACUCAGAGCUUACACGCCGAAAGCACUGUGAGCGCAGCAUUCAGAGCCUGCAGACCCGGGUGCUGGAGCUGCAGCAGCAGCUAGCUGUGGCUGUUGCCGCCGACCGCAAGAAAGAUGUCAUGAUUGAGCAGCUGGACAAGACCCUGGCCCGAGUGGUGGAGGGCUGGAAUCGGCAUGAGGCGGAGCGGACGGAGGUGCUGCGGGGGCUCCAAGAGGAGCGGCAGGCAGCAGAGGUCACCAGAAGCAAGCAGCAGGAGACGGUAACACGCCUGGAACAAAGCCUUUCUGAGGCCGUGGAAGCCCUGAAUCGUGAGCAGGAGGGCACCAGGCUGCAGCAGAGGCAAAGAGAGGCUCUGGAAGAAGAAAGGCAAGCCCUGACGCUGAGGCUGGAGGUGGAGCAGCAGCAGUGCCGGGCCCUCCAGGAAGAGCGGGAUGAGGCUAGGGCCGGGCUGCUCUGUGAGCGCCGGAAGCUGGAGGCCCUUCAGGUUGCUCUAGACGAAGAAAGGCAGGCCUGGACCCAGCAGGAGCACCAGCUGAGGGAGCGCCACCAGGCGCUGCAGGAAGAAGGCCAGGCUCAGCUGGAAAGAGAGAAGGGGAACAGCCAGCGGGAGGCGCAGGCAGCCCGGGAGGCCCAGCAGCAGCUGGCCCUGCUGCAGUCUGAGGUGCAGCGGCUGGAGGGGGAGCUGGACACAGUCCGGAGAGAGAGGGAUGCACUGCAGCUGGAGAUGAGCCUGGUCCAGGCCAGAUACGAGAGCCAGCGGAUCCAGAUGGAGUCGGAGCUGGCAGUGCAGCUGGAGCAGCGGGUGACGGAGCGGCUGGCGGAGGCUCACGAGAGCAGCCUGCGCCAGGCUGCCUCUCUGAGGGACCACCAUAGGAAGCAGCUACAGGAACUCGGCGGACAGCACCAGCAGGAGCUGGCUGCCCAGCUGGCUCAGUUCAAGGUCGAAAUGGCUGAACGCGAGGAACGGCAGCAGCAGGUGGCUCAGGACUAUGAGCUCAGACUGGCAAGGGAGCAGGCCCGAGUGCGAGACCUGAAGAGUGGCAACCAGCAGCUGGAGGAGCAGCGGGUGGAGCUGGUGGAGCGGCUGCAGGCCAUGCUACAGGCCCACUGGGACGAGGCCAGCCAGCUGCUCAGCGCCACGCUCCUGCCUUCCAACCCUCAGGCUCCUCCUGCUGAGCUCUCCAGCCCUGGGCCUCUGGAGCUGGAGAAGGGGGAGAGGAGGGUAUGGGCCAUGCCCCCCAUGGCUGUGGCCCUGAAGCCUGCGCUGCAGCAAAACCGAGAAGUGAGGGGUGAUCUGCCUGGAGCACCUCCCGUUCUCGGGAGCACCUCCCCAGAUCUCAGCCUGCUGCUGGGACCCCCUUUCCAGAACCAGAAUUCCUUCCAGCCCUUGGAGCCCAAACCAGAUGUGGCUCCCCCCACAGCUGGGCCCUUCUCUGCACUGGAGGCACUCACUGCUGACCACAGGGCAGAGCGACCAUUUCCGGAGGAAGACCCUGGAUCUGAUGGGGAUGGCUCCCUGAAGCCAGGGCUGCCCCCUGCUUCUCAGCUCGAAGGCCUUAAGAAUUUUUUGCAGCAGCUGCUGGACACAGCACCCCAGAGCCAUGAAAGCCCCUCUGUUGACCUGUUGCCCUCUAAGUCUGGCUCUCGGGCGGUCUCCUCCUGGGAAGAAGCCCCUCAGGUGCCACGCCUUCCGCCUCCUGUCCACAAAACUAAGGUUCCCUUAGCCAUGGCAUCGAGUCUCUUCAGAGCCCAUGAGCUCCCCUCAUCCCAUUUUCAGGGCAGCGGCCUCAGCACUGGCUCCCCAGAGAGAGGUGCGGACGGGCUCAGCCCCCGGAGGCAGCUGAUGGAAGUGUCCGAGCUCUUCCGCCUGUACCAGGCCCGGGGCUGGGGCGCCCUGCCUGCCGAGGACCUGCUGCUCUACCUGAAGAGGCUAGAACACGGCGGCACUGAUGGCCAAGGGGAUCUUGUCCCCAGAAGAAACACAGACUCCCGCCUGGGUGAGAUCCCCCGGAAAGAGGUGAGGGGCUCUGCAGGAACCAGGGGUGACCAGGCCUCUUGUCUGACCAGAGACCCCAACUCUCCACACGCCCUGGCUGGCCCCGCCCCUCCACUGUGUGGUCUCGGCCCCCACUUGCUAGGGCUUGCCCUUCCUCUCCCCUGUGCUCACUGGUUGGGGCCUCCUCUGGGGGGUGGAAAGUGGGGGUACAGGAUGGUGGUUUCUUCUUUCCUCUCAAUUCGCAGAUCCCCGCCCAUGUCCCUCGACGCCUUGCUUCAGCCCCUAAGACUGAAAAGCCUUCUCGGAAGAAAAGUGGGCAAUCUGCCCCCGGCAGUGUGCGGAGUCGGGGAGGCAUCUGGAGAUGAGGCCUUCUCCUCUGCAUUGUCCUCGUCGCUGUUCAUUUUCGUCUGCCCUGUAGUCUGUCUGUAUCAGAGGAAUUUGGAAAAUGGAGAUUUUGUAGGAAGCUACUUUGUGAAGAAACCUUUAAAAAUAGUUCCAGUAUUUUAAAAUAUAUUUGUUAUUUCCUAUAAGAAAACAUAGGGAGUCUUUGGGGCUGCUGUGUGACUGGAGGUGUGAGUGGGCUGAGGCUCUGUGGGCUUGGGUUUAGCAUUAAGUGAAUUAUGAAGGACUUUGUUAUACAUUUUGUAUUUUUCAUACUUUCUGAAAUAAGUAUAUAUUACUUGAGUGACCAGAAACUCCCAAACUUUUAAUAAAAGGGUAAAUUAUUGUAUAAAACAUUGGAGAGAAAGCUUUGAUGCUGGGAAGAAAGUUUUGUCAUUUAAAAUGUGUUAGAUUAUUUUUAUAUGAGUUUUUAGUUGUUGUUGUUUUGUUUUUUCCUCUUUUG